AUGGCUGACUUAAAACGUCUGCGCAAAUCUGGCAUGUUUUAUCGCCAAGCUGCAGAGAAUGAAAUCAACACUGACGAUACGUUCAAUCAAAUUAUCGAUAAAAUGUCUAUAGUUGAUGGAAUUCGUUACUGGGCACUUUCCACCAACGCGCCGCAUAGCUCCAUAAACAUAAUUUUAAAGCUUUUUAAAAAAGCCAACGUCAAAGUCCCUUUAACCGCUAAAACUUUGCUGCGGACAAAUCGGAAUCCUUCGACGGAGAUAAAGCAGAUUGGUAGUGGCCAGUUCUGGUACAGAGGGUUUGAAAAGUGCUUGUUAAAUUAUUUUCGCUUCAAUAAAAUAACAAUUAAAAACUUAUCGUUAACGGUGUCAAUCGACGGGCUACCGCUAUACAACAGCAGCAACAUGCAGUUUUGGCCUAUUCUGUUUACUGUGUAUGAAUUAUCUGAAUCGCCAGUAAUGACAGCAGCAAUAUUCUGCGGACAAAAUAAGCCAGAAAGCGUGGAGGAAUAUCUGCGACCAAUGGUCGAAGAAUUGAAUUUUCUUACGACAAAAGGAAUUACAAUCAACGGAGAGUUUUUUACCGUAAAAAUAAGAUGCUUUGUUGCAGAUACUCCAGCCAGAGCAUUUAUUAAAGGUGUAACAGGCCAUACGGGAUAUGCAGGAUGCUUAAAAUGUACGGUAAUUUGA